AAACAAACAAGACAUCCAAUGAAGGAAGUUUGCCAAAUAUGUGAGUGACUAAAUCUCUUUAUUUUUCCGUUAUUUCACUCCUAAUUACAUACUUUUCCCCAUUUUCAUUCAGUAUGUAACGUAUUCAUCCUCCAUUUCAAAGUUUUUCCCUUUUCUUGUUACAAUUUGCUUCUGUUUUGAAGUCGCAGAUACCUGCCUGUAAAUGAUACCUUCACUUUUACUUUUUUACCAACGGAUGGAAACAAUUCUGAUCUUAUUCUCUGAAAAUUCUAUUCACAACUGAACCAGGUAGAACUUAGAAGGCAAUUCCCACGCAGCUACCAGCGUACUAUGGCAGAUGAGCCUUUUGAUUUGCCAGUCUUUGCUGAAAAAAAGAAUUUAUGGUUGUCCUGAUGUUUGACUCUUGAGGUUUCUAGAAUUACUUCUGUAGCUUCGUGAAAGUUUUCAGUUACAAUGGCGACACCUGCAGAAAUCGAAGACUUCAUGCAUGGGCCCUUAGUCACGUGGCUACGGUCAUGUCUGGAAAACCCAGAAAAGUUGCAUGAUUAUGAAGAUCUUGUGGAUGGACCAUUAGUUCAUGAAGUUUAUCUUCUUAUAGAUCCAGAACCCCUGUAUCACGGAGUUGUGCCAAGUGUGAGGAAUGUUGCACAGAGGAUAAAGAACAUGAGUUUUAUUGUCAAGAACAUCAAAGCGCUGUACAAGGAGGAGUUUGGUCAGAUAGUUGUUGCUCUCCCUGAUGUGAUUCGACUAGGGCGUGAACCAGAGAGUAAAGGGGGGCUGGAGGACAUGCAGCUUCUUCUUCUUCUUCUAAUUGGUUGUGCUGUCCAGGGUCCAAACAAAGAAAAAUUCAUUGAAGCAAUACAAACAAUGCCUCCUGACACUCAGAUGGGUCUUGUUGCAUGUAUUUCUAAAGUCACUGAAACCCAAGAAAUAGUAAUAUCCGACGAGGAGGUCCUGAAAUCUGAAGGUCUUUUAAUUUCCCAUAUUAAGAAGCUUGCCGAUGAUAGAGACAGGUAUCUAACACUCUGGUCGGAGCAUGACGAAUCAAGGCAUUCAUCCUCGUUAGCUGCCAACUCAUCCAUGAGCAACGCUCUUGAUUUGGCAGAGUGUAAAGCCCUCAUGCGGAAGCAGCGACUAGAGCUUGAUGAGAAAACAGAAAAAAUGCUUGAACUCAAGGCGGAUCUUGAAAAACAUACUGCCACUAUUGCCAAACUUAAAGCUAGGGAACGAGAAUUGACGCAGCAGGCAAGGGAGCUGAAAGCUUAUCGCGAUGAAGUGGAUGCAUUACGAGAAAAAGCAGAAAAAUGUAAUAGACUAGAAAAUGAUGUGACCAAUUACAGAGACAAACUCAUCGAUUUACAAUACUUGAAAGACAGAGUAGAAGGCACGCUUAAAGAAAAUAGAAUUUUAGAGGAAAAAAUCGAGCUUCUAGAAGAUCAAUUAGAUAAAGCGCGAAAAAAAUGUGAUAAAACGCUGGAGUUAGAAAGGACAAACAUUAAAAUGCAUCAAAAAAUCAAUGAACUAGAUUUGGAAUUAGAAGCGCAGGCGGAAAAGAUUCAUCAACUCCAAGACGAGAACGUGCAGUUAACUCUUCUCUACAAAUCAAACUUAAUUAAUAGUUCCUCUAGUAAUAAUAUGGACGAUAGUGAUAUUUUUCCAGGUACUUUAGACAACAGCUUAUCAGAGCAGUUGACAAACACCGCUCAGACAAGAGCACUUGAGCUAGAUCUGGAAAAUAGGAGACUUCUCACUGAGAUCGAAUCCCUGCAAGAAUCUUUGAGAGGUCAAACCAAUGAAAAAAUCCUAGAAUUAGAGAAAGAGAAGAAAAGAUUAUCUCUUCAGGUUGACAGUUUGGAAUCAUCAAAGAAAAAACUAGCGCAGACCAAUUCUGAGUACGAAAAAAGUUUAAACGAAUACAAACUUGAAAUUAAAAAAACACACGAAUCAAAAGAAUUACUUCGAAACCAACUGCUUGCUCGCAGCAAGGAAAUAGAUGACCUGAACAAUGAGAGGCAAAAAUUAGAACGAAAAAUUGAAGAGCUGGAACAGAGCUUAGAGUUGGUACGACAACAAGCUGACAGUAUUACUGAGGUGCAAGAAUUGAAACACAAGAUCUCAUCCUUGGAAAAGAACGUUCUCAAGCUGCGAGAAACGAAUGAGGAACAGGCUGUGGAAAUGGACAAACUAAUUUCAGAAGCAGAAGUGAAUUUACGGGAGAAAACCCAAUUUAAGAAACAAGUAGAGGAACUUCAACAACAGCUUACAAGGUUACAUGAAGUAGAGCAAGAGUACAGAGAACUGAAAAGCAAGUACAACAUUGAUAAGCAAACUCUAGCAACCCUACAACAAGACCUUGUGAAUGAGAAGAUGGAUCGGCAGCGAAUGGCUGAGAACACCGUAGAUUCAAACGUAACAAAUUUGAGCAACGCAAAAUUAGAAGUCAGUAUCAAGACAUUACAAACGCAGAUUACAUCUUUGAAGGCAGAACAUCUUGCUUUGCAGUUAGCCAAUUCACAGCUUGCAGCAGAAAAGGAAGAGAUAAGUAAGGAAUGCGAAAGAUUGAAGGAAAACCAUGAAAGGCUGUCGAAAGAUCAGCUUAGUUUGCAAAAGCUUCACGAACAGUUAACAGCAGACAAUGACGAGCUUUUAGAAGCACUCCAAACUGCGAAGAAUUCUAUCAACGAUUAUAGAACAGAUAACAGGAAUCUCGAAGAUGAAGUCGCAGCACUUAAGUGUACGCAGCAAAUACUCCAAGCAGAAAAGGAAACACUGGGCCUAGAAUCAAAAUCACUCACUAAUUUAAGACACGAGCACUCGAAUUUGAAAGAAGACUUCAGACAUCUGUAUGCAAUCAACGAAAAGACGAAGGCAGACUAUCAAAGGCUACAGGAUAAGUUAACGCUUUAUACAGCAGAUAAUGGAAAAUUAAGAUUGUCCUUGACUGAGUUGGAGGGGCAGGUAGCAAGUUUCAAAGACAUAAUAACAUCUUUGGAGGUGGAGAAAACCAAGCUGAAAAACAAAUGUGAAGUGCUGAUACAAAGUAACGAGGGUCUCGAGGUAGACAAGAGGACUCUGAUGGAGCACGUUUCUCUGAUUCUAGGCCAGUAUAAUGACUUGUUGAACCAUUCGUUAGAGGACAAGGAACAUCAUCAUUCAGAGGAGAAGCAGUACGCAGACAAAGUCAAUAACCUGCGGAGGCAAAAGGAGAAAUUAGAAGAAAAGAUUAUGGAAAAUUAUAGGCAGAUGAAUAGUGUCUCUAGUAACAAAAAUAGGAAAAGUUUUACCGGCUUAGUUCGAAGCAUUAGAAAAGUUGGCUCCGACUUAAUUAACAAGAGUCGGAAGUCUGCACAUGAUGAUGGUGCUAAGCGAGGGACAGACUCAGAUACAAGCCUGGAAGAUGUCCGUUCACGGCAAGGAGAUACCCUUAGUUGCCUCGGCACGCCCGGUACGCGGCGAGCUGUUUAUUACUCAGCUGAUGAGAACAACUCAGGCUCAAAUGAGCCAGAUGAUAGCACAAAACCUAGUAAAAAUGAGAAUGAUAAUCAAAGAACAGAUACACCUCAACAAGAUCAAGGUUUGUUUGUGUACAAUCACGUCUCUGUAAUUAACCAGUCUCCAUCGCACAGUCCGAAUUUAUCGCAGCAGAAUUCGAAAAAGUCAUCUCCGGCGGAAGAUAAAAACUCGCCCCUGUGGUAUGAAUACGGAUGCGUGUAAACCCCUCUUAAUCAAAGUUAACAGCCAAAAAUUUUGUAUCAUUUAAUUUGCCUUGUUCUUUACUUUAAGAUGAUAAAUGAGGCACUUUGAAGCAAAUGGUCACUUGCAGAAGCAUUUAUCAUUCCUCGUGAUCAAUUGAAAAUUAAGUAUCUCUGAUUCCAGCGUUGUUUGUGAAUUUGGUGCUGUUUCAAAUACGUUUGAACUGACAGUUUUAAUUUUUUCCUCCCUGAAGUUUUCGUCUCCCCACUGUUAGCUUUUUAAGAUUUUUCCCUGUCGAUCUCUUGUCCUGUUAAGUAAGUAAAUAGCACAUUUGUUUCCGUCUGUUUUUCAGUGCCUCAUUUAUCAUCGAUUUCCUGAUCCAGCGGAAUACCUGAUAUUUGAAGCACCUGAAACUUAAUUAGUUUUCUAAUCGUGGGACAAAAGUUAGUGACAGCAACUAGGUAAAAUAAUCUGGAAUAGAUGUUGAUACUUCAUUUCAACUUACCAGUGAAGGAAGGUCAUUCUCCCUGUAUCUUUUCCUUAUGAAACUGCAAGAAUGAAUUGCUUGAACACAAAAAAAAAAACUGUUGUUCCUGUUUUGAUACUGCAUGCCAAUACCGUUCUACUUACCUUAUUUAUUACUUCGGAAGGUUGCAAAAUUGUUAUGCAAAUCGUCGAAAUUUGACAUCGAAAAAUUGGUAGUUCCAGUAUUAGGUAUUCUGCUGUGAUCUCUCUUGUUUGGUUGACGAAAAUUCCUUCCUGCAUUUUCUCUUUGUAUGCCUUUUUUUACCAUGUUUAUUUAUCCCUGUGAAGUUCAUUGACUUUUUACCCUUUUUUACAUGUGCACUUAUGUAUAUACGAGCAUUUACCUCACGUUGUUUCAAUCAAUGCCUGAAUUCACUCCCUUAUUUUAGUGUUUUUAUACUUGUCCCAUACCUAAUAAAUGCUCCCCAAUACCGCAACAGUACUUUUUCAAAAUAACUUGUUUAAAAUUAGAUGCCUUUUUUUUCGAAGUAUCAUUUUUUCUAUUUUAAUAUUUAUUUACCUAGGCGUGUUGCGUUGUUAUCGUCAAAAGUUUAGAGCUUAGUUUCGAUUAGUCUUUAGUGAUUGCCUAUUGAUGAGCUUCUGUCUUUUUGAUUCCUACUGUGACUUUUUUAUUUUUAAAAAGUGCAGGUUUCUCCUAGAUAUUUUUAAUUAUACUUAAUCUUCAGUGUUACUUCACUGAAACUAGACUUUAUUUAAGUCCUAACAAAGACUUGGAAGACAAACGCUUGGUCUCUAUCUCCCGGUGUUCGGUUAGUGCAGUUAAGGUUUUACAUAAUGAGCACUGCUCACUUCCCCUUUUCGUGUUUCUUAGCUUCCUUCACUUUUCCUUCAUUAACUUUAUCGUUAACUAAUUUUUUCUCUGAGAAUCCUCAAGUAUUGAAUCAACGAAUUUAUGUAUUCCUUUUUAAAUUGGUACUUAACGCACAACUCACUCUUUCAUUGUUUAUUUUUUCAAGAAUCAUGUUAUGAACUUUUUACUCUAAGUUUUUUUGUCGUAUGCUUCUCCAAGAUUUGAGGUUUUAAAAUUAGAUUUUAAGGUCAGGGGUUUCCUCAUGUCUUACCACUUUUGGUUUGACUUCCGUUACAAGAUGAAUAACUGAUUGAAAUUUUUUAUACUUUGCUGUAUUGUGCCUGUAAAUUAUUUUUUAAGAUCUGCUUUAAAUUUGCUUUAAGAACGUUUAGUACCAUUUAGCCCUCUCAAUAGGGCAAUACCCCGGUAAUUUACAAUAACUGGCUACAACUGCUGCUGCGUUAUUCUGCUCUAUAGUCUUGUCAUCAUCAGAGGGAGCUGAUAUUGGACCGGUAGGGAGUAAUUAAUGGUGCUCUGAAUAUUUUGCUAAACUACCGCUCUAAUUGUUGAGGUUUUAAACCAGAGAUUAGUAACUGCACCGUCAUUGUGUGAAUGGUUUAAGUAAACCAGGUUAAACAAGCAUUCCCUCUCAUACAAAAAAAUAACUGGAAACGUGGCCCACAAAUUUUAGUUAAAAUUAAAAUGCUGAAAACUUCACUCAUGUAUACGUCAAAUUUUAAAAGCGGAUGUGUUUCAUCUAUACAGGAAGAACAUCAUUAGGUAAUGAUCAUGCCACGGCUGAUGAUUUCCGUUCUGCGUUGGAAGAAAUGCGUUUGAUUGUAUUUGACGAAGAUGUGAAUGAAAUAAUUAGCAUCUUAAUUUUAUAGUCCUUCUAUGUUUUUAAACCUCCAAAAGUAAACGUUUCAUUCAACACAAAGCUUAGAAAUUCACAUCUGAGCCAAGAGCUAAUGUUUACAACCAACACUAAGAAAACGCAGAAUGUGAGGAACUGAUUGAAUUUGUCUGUCUCAAUGGGUACAACUCGUAAGCCCCUGUAUUUAAAUUUCUUUUCCUCUUAAAUUUUUGGUCUAAAAACUAAACUCUGAAGAUGCUAAAACUGUUCGGUGCUUAAUGCUAAAAAUACUCUUGUUAAUAAAUCACAGAUUAUUGAAUCCAGACCGUAAAUACAGUCUAUGUUAUUACUUUUUUUGGAUGUUAUGUGGUACCCUUUCUUGAGUGGAACGUAUUCAUAGUCUCGUAGAUUCUGAAAUUUUUAUGUUAUCUUUUGAAUAUUAAUGAAGAUGCAUCUAAUGUAAAAAGGUCAAAACAUUGUCGAUUUCUUUUGACUGUGUUAAAAAACACGAAUGGCUUUCAUAAUAUCAUUUCUUUCAGACUGGCACGAUUGAUAGGUGCAUUUGGUGUGUUUUUUUCGGAAAAGAAAGUAUUUUAAGAACCUUUUUAAAAUUGGAUUUCAAAAUCAUUUAGAAAUAACAUAUUUCUUGUUCCUAAAUUUUCUGUUUCUCUUUAAGAAUGUUUUGAAAUGACUGUAAUACUAAAUAUGCCAAAUGUAAGUGUUUUUUGCAGUUUUUCAUUUUCUUUUCAGUAUCAAUGACCAUUCUUUAUAGUAUUCCAAAAAUUGUUUCCUGGUCUCCAAAGCAACUGCGAUUUUGUAAGUUUUACGUUUUUUAUUAGUUUCAAUAGUCAAAUCUUUCUUUUUUGUGUACUUCCAGUGAAGAAAUCUCUUGUCAAUAACAAUCAAUAGGUAUUGCUCACAUUGAAGUAUCAUUCAUCAGCUUUUUUUAAAGAUAAUUAAGAAGAUAACAUGUUAUCGCAAAUGUUGUUUCCGUCAACUUGUGAACUCUCUUCUUAGUUUUUCCAAGAAAAUUCAACCAUUAUAUAGAAUUCUUUCUUAGUUAACAACUGGAUUUUUCAUUCCUUACGCUUUUUUUUCUUGCAUAAUGUCACAAAACAGAUGUACAAAUAAUAACUUUGGUGACAUGAGAAAUGUUACUUGUAAUUUUUACAAAUAAACUCUUUCAAAAAUAAUAAAACAAAUUCAAAACAUA